UCUCUUUCUCCCUAUUUUUAUGAACUGAGGGCAGACUGAAAAAAGGCAAAUCCAGUUCCUUCUAAAAUUUGAGAUCCGGAAAUCAGAAUACUCUGCUCCAAUAUUUCUCUAGGGGUAUGCUGGAUAGAUGGACUCUAUUUCAAAAGAUUAGGCAAUGUUAUCUCCCAAGAUUUGUCCACGACAUUUUCUUCUCCAUUUCCUUAAGCGUCCACUAGAUGUGGUUUUACCAUUACGUAUCUUUGGGUGACUGAUAUCCAGUAUUUAUUCCUCCACCUAUUGUGCCAAUCUCUCAUCAAGUUCUUAUGGGAGACUCCUUUAAUCCCACCCCUGGGACAAAGUCUAUGGUCACAACUGCUAUCACUACCAAAAAUGAAUCUAAACAACACAUCAUUUCUUCUGGAUCGAACUCUUUUGAAAAUGUAAGACGGUUUGAUCUGAUAAAAUAUGGGAAGCAGAGAAGAGGAAGUGGUAAUCAGUUAGUUUUCUUUCUGGUUAAAGUUGCUGCCUUGGAGGCUGUGCGGAGGAUCUCACGGUCCAAAUGUCCAUUUGUAUGGUCUGGCUUACAAGCUCUGCAAGUUGUGUGCUACCCGCCACUUAAGUGGAUGCAAAGGUGGAAUCCUUUUAGGGUUCUGGUUGAAGGCAUGCAGAUGUUAUCGCGGCCACUGCUAGUGCUAUCUAUCGCUACAGCAUUUUCUGAUCAUUCAGAAUUCAAUAAUGAUACCUCAGAUAGCACUCAAGGUUCCCCGGUAUCGAGUGAUUUGCAUGCUGAUUCAGACUCCCAGCUAGAAGUCUCUUCUGAGCAGUCUAUCCCAAAAGAAAGGGUUGGCAAUGAAGUUUCUCAAAGUCUGUCUUCCACUAGUUCCGCAAGUUGGUUGCAUCUUCUUUACAAAGAUCUGGAAAAGCAAGGAAUUAUCUUGCCAGAGAGAAUUGAUGAAGAGGAACUCCAUCAAUUUUUCACAGCUGCAGAUGGAGAUUUUACUCGCUUACUUUCUUCACUGAAGAAAACGAUUCGCUGGAGGGAGACCUACAGAAUUCUUUCCAGACAAGAACUUGAAGUGUGGUCAAAUAUGGUCUUUUGGCAUGGAUAUGAUGUGCAGAAUCGACCCUGCCUCAUUGUCCGUCUUGGCUUAGCGUGCAUCAGCUUGCCAUCUCGUGAUAGACCUAGCUUUGCUCAAGCAGUUGUAUCUCAGGUGGAGCAUGGGGUUCUUCAUUUGGUGGACCCACAAAAUUCUCAAAUUACUGUUUUGGUAGACUGUGAAGGACUAUCUCCACUGAGACUUCCCAUGCAAAUGCUGAGAUCCUGUUCCACUCUUUUACAAGAUCACUUCCCCAACCGUCUGGGCUGUUUAUUCAUUAUACGCCUUCCAUCUAUUGUUCGAGUUGUCGCACAAACCUUUGUGCAAGUUUUCAAACCGGUCACUCGGCAAAAAUUGAGAUUUGAAGGGGAAAUGUACCAAAAGGUUCUUUCUGAGUGUUUGCAAACACUCCCGUCUUAUCUUGGUGGGCAGUGCACAUGCUCAAGAUGUGCAAGCUUUGACAUGAGCAAGACGCAUAACACUCGCAUGAAUGACGACCAUCAAGAGACAGCGGUAAGCGAGAUUAUUAACAAUCCACUGGAUCUAGCACCACUCCAUUCAGGUGAACAUACUGAAAUUCCAACGAAUUAUAACUGUGAGCGGGUCCUAAGAAAGGCUGUGGUGGGUAUCCUUUUGUUCUGGGUUAUUAUUGUUUUAAUUGCUGGAAUAUUUGAUCCAGAAAAUCGUCCCAUUUUACCUCCUUGAGGUCAGCAUAUUACAUUCUAGAACUUCUCUUUGUAUGUCUACUCUUAUCGAAAAUAGCAUGUGGCAGCUAGUAUUGGCCACAAUGUAAUGGCAAUUAUCUAUCCACUGGAAUGGGAUGUUUUGGUGCUUGUUCCGUGAAA